AUGCCCAAUGCCUUCGUCGUCAUCUCCUUCUCCUCGUUCCACUUAGGGAAGCAGCCGUACCCAACUAUAAUUAACCUUCAUCUUACAGUCGUCGCAGGCCUGGAGAUGCGAACGGAUGCCGCCAUGCUGUUCCAGGAGAAGGUAUUCGUGGCGCUGCCCGAAGAAUCUGGGGAGUCCAUCCUGUGCUGGGUUCUUGAGCAUGCGUCCAGCAGCGCCGAGAUCAUCAUCAUGCACGUCAAGCGGAGGCAAACAGGAUCACUAAACCAUAAAGUGGAACAUUAUGAGAAAUGUUCUAAUGAUUUAGAAGAAGAGCACAAGACAAAACAUGAGCAAGAUGGAGAGACCGCUGCAAAGGAACUUUCACAGUCACAGCAUGCACCCUUGGACAAGUAUUUGAAUCAAUGUGCAAAAUUGGUGUUCAAGGCCAAAAUCUUAAUGAUUGAGGAGUGGAACGUUGCUGAAGGAAUUUUAGAACUAGUUGAUAGAUUUUGGAUCAGAACCCUUGUCAUGGGUGCAGCCUCAGACAAGCACCAUUCCAAGGAAAUGAAAGUUCCACAGUCUAAGAAAGCUAUUAAAUUGAUGGAAAAUGCUCAUCCAUUUUGUGAGAUAUGGUUUGUUUGUGAUCAGAAGGUGAUCUUCAGUAGGAGCCCAAGUGAAGAUUUGAGGUCAGUGCCAGUCUUUGUUGAUGCAGAUGAUAAUUUCUGGGACAUAGAAAACAAUCUGGAUACAGAGGGUUACCUACUGGCGCAGAAAAAGGAUCAUGCUCUGGUGAUUUCGGAGCAAGCUGAUACGGCACAAAAUGCGGAGGGAACACAUGAAAAAGGAGACACAGUAAUACUAGAAGACCUACAUGGUUCAGGUGAUAGGGUGAAGGAAAAACAAGAAAGACUAAUUGAGGCGAUGGUGCCUGCUCAAGCAAAUGCCCAUAGAGAAGUCGAGUUACUGCACCAACAAAAGCAGGAGAUGAUUAUCAAGAGUGAAGUGGCCGAACUACGUGAGAGGAGCGAGCAACUCAUGAUUGAACGGGAUAAUGCAGUGAGCAAGAUUAGAACUCUCGAAGGACAAAAAAAACAGAUGAUGACCGAAUGGAAUUUUGCAACAAAACAGGUUGUAGAGCUACGAAAGCAGAAAAGGCUGGUAACAAUCGAACGAGACAGUGCAUUAGGAGAAAUGAAGACAUAUCACAAGAAAGCAAAACAAGCGAAGACAGAAAUCAAGGAACUACAGGAACAAAAGGAACGGAUGAUGACUGAAUUGAACUUUGCACGUGGAAAAAUAGUGGAGCUACAUAAACAGAAAAGGCAGGUAACAACUGAACGGGGAAAUGUAUUAGGACAAAUGAACAUAUUUCAGAAGAAAACAGAAAAGGCUAAGACAGAAGUCAAAGAGCUCCAGGGAGAAAUUAAGCGGCUGAAGACUGAAUUGAACUGUGCAGAUGGAGAGGUGAUGGAGCUACAUGAGCAGAAAGAGCAAAUGCAUUCCAGAUGGGAUUCUGCAAUAGGAAAAUGCGAGGAACUUUGUGGACUAAUGAAACAAAUGCUAACUGAGCUGGAGAAGGUAGCCAGAGAGGUUGAGGCGCUUCGCAAAGAAAGGCACGAGACAAUAACUAAAUUGGACCAUGUAGUCCUACAGGUAGCAGAGGCACGAAGACAAAAGGUGCUUAUGAUGGCUGAGCGAGACCAUGCAUUAGAGGAGGCCAAGAAACUAAUGUCACAACUGGAGCAGAUCAUGUCAGAGCGAGAUAGCACAGUUGGAGAUACGGUACAACUGCAUGAACAAGCAGCACAGAUCAUUGCUGAUAACACCAUGCCCAGCUCUCAAUUCACUCUUGUGGAGCUCCAGCGUGCCACAAAGGAUUUCAAUGUUAACCUCAAGGUCGGACAAGGCGGAUUUGGUGUUGUCUACAAGGGCUUCCUCCGGAACACCACUGUGGCUAUAAAGAUGUUGAGCUCCACUGGUGUGCAAGGCCAAUCAGAUUUUAAGCACGAAGUCACUUUUAUGAAUACGGUGAGACACCCAAAUGUUGUGACCCUUGUGGGUGCGUGCCCAGAAGCCCUGGCCCUUGUGUACGAGUUCAUGCCAAAUGGUAGCCUUGAGGGCUGCCUGGAGCGCGUGGCCGGAGCACCAGCUCUGUCAUGGCAGGCUAGGACACGCAUCAUCACCGAGAUCUGUUCUGCGCUCUCGUUCCUGCACAAGAACACACCCUAUGGCAUCGUGCAUGGCGACAUCAAGCCUGCAAACAUACUCCUGGACGGUAAUCUAGCGAGCAAGCUAUGUGACUUUGGCACAUCCCGGCACCUCAUCCAUUCAGACACUGCAGGCAGUGGCAUGCUCUGCACCAGCCACCCCUGGGGCACACCGGGAUACAUGGACCCGGAAUUCCACACCACCGGAGUGCUCACAACGCGGUCAGACACCUACUCCUUCGGGGUCACCAUCCUGUGCGUGCUCACCGCCAGAUCCCCAUUGAACCUUGUGAGGGUGGUCCGAGAUGCGUUGGAGAGGGGUGACUUGAGAUCAGUGAUGGACACAUCCGCUGGGGACUGGCCCAUCGCACAGGCCAAGCGGUUGGUGCGUCUUGCGCUGAAAUGCACUGAGAUGACAAGCGAUAAUCGCCCUGACAUGGCCGGAGAGGUGUGGACCGUUGUUAAGCGCUUGGCUGAUGAGGCAAAUGGUGCGGCUCCAACAGGGCAGCAUGGCGUUGGCACAUCGGUUCAAUUAAAUGGGCAGAAGCUUGGUAUUGGGAUGGAGAACCCGGUGUAUCCGUGCAAGUGCCUGUCUGGGAUCAAAAUUCAUAGUGUGGCAGAAGCAUUCAAGAGGUGAGACGGAUUUCUUGAGUGUAUGUAUACACUUGUUCUCUGACUCGCACAGCUGAGACAAGGCUCAAUGUAUGGCAAUGUGAGGCGAUAAGCAUCCCUUUCAAAUUACAAAACUUUGCCCAUAGAGUAUUGCGACACUGUUUUUUUC